UGACCUCAGUUCGCCUGGUAACAGAGAAAGCGUCGCUAGGAAGUGAAUAGUGCGAUGAGUUCGCGGCAAAAAAAUAGCUUUUUUGAGUCACCAAUCUACGGCGAAAGUUUACGAAUACCGGGAACGGGAGUACAGUUUAUCUGUGAGAAGAAGGGAGUAAAGUGGUCUAAUUUAUCACAAUUAUGCGUCGUCGAGUACUAGCUAGCUCAUUCACAUCUCGUGGCAUGAGAGAUAAAACAAGAUUAAGUUAGCAAGCUAGCUAGCCAGCAGCUAGCUAGCUUAGUAGUCAUAGUCAAUUACGCACCCCAGCUGGGCAGCAGAAGGUGGUUGACAGUUGGACGAAUAACACUACCCUAAUCUGCUCAUAUGGGUUGGGGACCUGGGUGGUAGCUCUGCUUGCUUCCACAGCCAGGUUGUUCUGACACAAACAUGGGGAAACUUCAGAGCAAGUUCCGAAGGUCACGCUCUGAACUGUACAGGGCGACCAAAGGUGAUGGCGAGGAUGCUGCUGUUAGUCAGGUGAUACAGUAUGAACCCGCCCACCGUGAUGCCGUCAACUGUGUCACCAACCUGACCUCAGACCUCUGUGUGUCUGGAGGAGGUGACAUGGCAGUGGUUGUGUAUGACUGGAGAGGAGGGAAGUUAUGUCAGUCAUUCCAAGGUCACAACAGAGAGGUUACCAAGGUGGAGUGUUUUCCUGGAAGCACUUGGAUCUUUAGUGCGUCUCGAGACAAGAGUGUUAUGAUGUGGGAUCUCAACCAGGGGGACGAGCCCAUCCAGGAGUUCUGUGGCCAUGAGCUGGUGGUCAACGGGCUGGCCGUCAGUCCAGAUGGGUCGAGGCUGUGCACUGGUUCCCGUGACAACUCCAUGUGCCUCUGGGACAUUGAGUCUGGCGAGCGUGUCCAUAAGAACACAGUCUCCAGAAACCUGGUUACUCAUGUGUGCUGGGUACCUGAGAGCAGCUCCAUCGUUCAGACAUCCGAGGAUAAAACCAUCAGGGUGUGGGACAGUCGUACCUGGCAGGUCACUAACACGUUCCCAGCCAAGCAAUACAUCCAGACACACUGUGACAUCAGCGCCAACGGCAACCACCUCCUGUCCAGCAGCAAUGGCUUCGGAGGCCAAGGCUGUGAGGCUACGCUUUGGGACCUCAGGCAGCCUGGCUGUAAGGUGGUAGAGUACCGGGGCCAUCGCGAGACGACCGCUUGCUGUGUGUUCCUGCCCUCCAGCCCCGGGGGCCCUGCGCUCGUAGCGUCCUCCUCUCAUGACUGCUCAGUCAAAAUCUGGGAUCAAAACACUGCAGCCUGUCUGACCACUCUGACCCUGGAUGGAUCAGGUCCUUUGGUGUCUUUGGCCCCAAGUGACUCCAGCAGUCUGCUGUGUGCCAGCUUUAACACAGGGCUUCACAUACUCCACCAUCACAAGGAUGGGCUGGACCUAAAGGAGGUGGCGCGCUUCUGACGAGGGCACAGGACCGGUGCCGGCACGGUAACCCGAAAACCCAUUACACUGUGGGCCACACAGACCUCCAAGCCAGCGGGGCCCUUUAAGUCAGAUGGACCCGAUCAGGAGACACCAUCCCUGGGUCAACUGAUGGGAGAAGACCCCCUGCGAGUCAUUCUAAAUCAGGGCGAGCCCUAGACAUUGUACUCAGAGCAUCAGGCGAGGCCCAACUGUUUCGAGAUGUCUUGAUGCAACAGAAAUGAUUUGGAUGUUUGGAGACUAAGUGGAUAGUGAUAGCUUUAGCACGUACAAGUAGCCAAAUUUAAGUAGACAAUUGUGGAAUCGUUAAUCGGGUAGUUUAGGAAAAACUGUAACCACUCUAAAAUAGAGCGGGAAGAUAAAUCAUGAAUCCUUUAGAGCAGGGGUGUAUUCACUAGGAACCAAACGGGCCCGAAACGUGGAGGGACUCAUCCUGAACUUGUCCAAUAAGUUGUUCAUUGCAAAAUAUUCAGUUGCAAAAAUGCAUUUUUGCUUCGGUGUGCACUAAUGAAUACACCCAGAAUAAAGUGUCUAGUUCAGACCGGACUAGGGUGAAACUUUACAGGAGGAGAGUGACACUUACGUUCUUACGACAGUUUAUUUGAAAUGGCUUCACGACCCCAUUUUUUAAUAAUAUAAUAACUUACCACAUUUUAUCAGCCGCUUUUAUCCAAAGUGAUGACUUAGUCAUGCGUGCAUAUAUAUUCUAUUUUUACGUAUGAGUGGUGCCGGGAAUCGAACUCACUAUCCUGGUGUGGCAAGCGCCAUACUCUACCAACUGGAGCUACAGCGCAACUCGGCAGUGAUAAUGUCGACCCAGGUUGUGAUACUCGACUUCUGUGUCACACUCCGUUAUUACGCUGGCAAAAAUGGGAACUUAUGGAAUGCAAUCUAUUUGUAUUAAACUGACUGAGAUACUGCCACACUGUAGGUCAGCGUUUGCCAAACUAGGGGUCGCGACCCCCUAACGGGGGUCACCAGUUUUGAAAAAUAGGGGUCUCGAGAGAAACUCUGAAAUAAAAUGUUACAUUUGCGCUUGGUUAAUAGAGGCGGGAUUACAUCAGUAACCUCCGGUAGUCGCUAGAUAUGGUUGUAAUAAACAGAGCGGUUCUGUUUUCUUCCUACAAAUGUGGCUCCAUCUUUCGAACGGUUUAAGCUACAAAAUAUUAUGACCCCCCCCCCCCCCCCCCCCCCCCCCCCAAUCACUGAAUGAUAAGACUCUAAGGAACACAUGUGUGUCUUCCCUUCUGCAAUGCCGACAAGCAGAACUCAUUAGAACAGCGUGGACAAGACCGACAAGCAGAACUCAUUAGAACAGCGUGGACAAGACCGACAAGCAGAACUCAUUAGAACAGCGUGGACAAGACCGACAAGCAGAACUCAUUAGAACAGCGUGGACAAGACCAAGCACUAAAUCAGACUGGGGGGG